AUGCCUCCGGUGCGAUGUCAGCCAGCGGACGGUAGAGGGCAGCACGUGCCUCUUCUUUAUCUACUGCUCCUCUUCCUCUCUAUGGGACGAAUAGACGGUUACAUCCAAAUUCCUGACGAUUUUAAAAAACCUCCAAAGAUCACAAACCAGGCCGUGUCCCAGACUGUGUUUUCUCUGGAUGAUGUCCAUUUGGCCUGUGAAGCAAGCGGAGAUCCUAAACCCAGCUUCCGAUGGGUUAAAGAUGGGAAUCAGUUUGGGGAGGUUCUUCUGGGCUCUGGUACCCUGACAGCAGAUAAAACCAACGAACUUGGGUUUUACCAGGGAACGUACCGCUGUUAUGCAGCCAAUGAGCUGGGAACGGCCGUCUCUGACGUGGUGCAUCUGACUACAGAAGCUGUUCCAACCUUGCCUAAAGAGAAGGGACAGAAAAAGCAUGAGUUUGAGGAAGGAGUGAGCACCGUCCUCAUCUGCAACCCUCCGAAAAGUUCUGUCACUCCUAAAAUACACUGGAUGGACUCACAAUGGAGUCACAUCCCACAGAGCGAGCGUGUAACAACGAGUCUGGAUGGAAACCUCUACUUUGCCAACUUGUUGCAAAGUGACAGCAGAAAUGACUACACCUGCAACGCUCACUAUAUCAAUGCCAGCAUCAUCCUGCCUAAAGAACCCAUCUCCAUGUCCGUCACACCAUCAAAUUCAGUGGUGAAGAAUCGUCGACCCCGGAUAAUUUACCCAGCAGGAACUCACAGCUCAUAUCUGAUCCUGAAAGGACAAACCCUGACACUGGAGUGUAUUCCUGAAGGACUGCCGACACCAGAGGUGCACUGGGAGAGGAAGGACAGCCCUCUCUCUUCCUCCAGUGCCAAGAUAGUGAACUACAAACGCUGGCUUCAGUUUGUGAAUGUGUCCGAGAAGGACGACGGCGAGUACGAAUGCACUGCCGGAAACAGUCAGGGCUCCGGCACACAUCACUACACUGUGACAGUAGAGGCUGCUCCGCACUGGACUAAGAAGCCUGAGGAACACCUAUACGCUCCUGGAGAGACGGUAAAACUGGACUGUCAUGCAGAUGGCAUCCCUACACCAAACAUUACAUGGAGUAUCAACGGUGUUCCUCUCUCAGGAACAGAUUUGGAGCCGAGGCGGAGCGUGGUCUCAGGCACUUUGAUUCUGUCGAACGUUCAGUACAGCGAUACAGCCGUCUAUCAAUGUGAAGCCACCAACAAACACGCAACUAUACUACUCAACACACACGUCCAUGUCGUUGAGCUUCCUGCUCAGAUCCUGACAGCUGAUGGAUUAGUGUACAAGAAUACAACUGGAUCAACCAUCAUACUUAAAUGUAGAACGUUUGGUUCCCCGAGACCCAAGGUGGACUGGGAGAUUUUCGACUCUACUUCAGCUGUGUCCAAUGCUAAAAUGUCUCAGAUGGCCAAUGGAAAUCUUCAGAUCAGUAAUGUGAGUCAGGAGGAGAGUGGCAUUUACACGUGUUUAGUGAGAGACAGUAACAUAACCAUCAGCGCCGUACUUGAAGUCUUAAACAGAACAAAAAUCGUGGCUCCACCCCAACACCUGCGGGUCAUUCGUGGAAAUGAUGCUGUUUUACAGUGCAAAUUUAGCGUGGACCACCAGUUGAAACAUCCCACCAUUCAGUGGAAGAAAGACGGACACAAGAUUGCGGCAUCUGCUAAUGACGACAAGUACACUGAAUAUCCAAAUGGCUCUCUGAAGGUGACAGAUGUACAGAUUCAGGAUUCAGGAGAAUACAGUUGUGAGAUCAGUACUGAACUAGAUUCAGAUGACGCCAGCGGCUCCAUCACAGUGCAGGAUAAACCAGGUGCUCCUCUUUCUGUGGAGAUGUCUGAAAAGAGGGAGCGAAGCGUUACUCUGACCUGGACGGCUGGCGAUGAAAACAACAGCCCUGUUUUUGAAUAUAUUAUAGAGAUGAAGGAGGAGCAGUGUACAGAUGCAAGCACAUGGAGGGAAUAUGAGAGAGUUCAUCAAGACAUCAAACAGAUUGAGAUUCAUCUGCAGCCGUUCUGCAAGUAUCAUUUCCGGGUCAGAGCUGUGAAUGAGAUCGGAAACAGUGAACCCAGUUCUGAAUCUGAAUCCUACAUCACCCCUGCUGCCAAGCUUCCUCCUCAGAUCCUGACAGCUGAUGGAUUAGUGUACAUGAAUACAACUGGAUCAACCAUCAUACUUAAAUGUAGAACGUUUGGUUCCCCGAGACCCAAGGUGGACUGGGAGAUUUUCGACUCUAGUCCAGCUGUGUCCAAUGCAAAAAUGUCUCAGAUGGCCAAUGGAAAUCUUCAGAUCAGUAAUGUGAGUCAGGAGGAGAGUGGCAUUUACACAUGUUUAGUGAGAGACAGUAACGUGACCAUCAGCGCUGUACUCAAAGUCUUAAACAGAACAAAAAUCGUGGCUCCUCCCCAACACCUACGGGUCAUUCGUGGAAAUGAUGCUGUUUUACAGUGCAAAUAUAGCGUGGACCACCGGUUAAAACAUCCCACCCUUCAGUGGAAGAAGGAUGGACAUAAGAUCGCGGCCACUACUAUUGAAGACAAGUACACUGAAUAUCCAAAUGGCUCUCUGAAGGUGACAGAUGUACAGAUUCAGGAUUCAGGAGAAUACAGUUGUGAGAUCAGUACUGAACUAGAUUCAGAUGACACCAGCGGCUCCAUCACAGUGCAGGAUAAACCAGGUGCUCCUCUUUCUGUGGAAAUAUCUGAAAAGAGGGACCGAAGCGUUACUCUGACCUGGACGGCUGGCGAUGAAAACAACAGCCCUGUUUUUGAAUAUAUUAUAGAGAUGAAGGAGGAGCAGUGUACAGAUGCAAGCACAUGGAGGGAAUAUGAGAGAGUUCAUCAAGACAUCAAACACAUUGAGAUUCAUCUGCAGCCGUUCUGCAAGUAUCAUUUCCGGGUCAGAGCUGUGAAUGAGAUCGGAAACAGUGAACCCAGUUCUGAAUCUGAAUCCUACAUCACCCCCGCUGCCAAGGUUCCUCCUCAAAUCCUGACAGCUGAAGGAUUAGUGUACAGGAAAACAACCGGAUCAACUGUCAUACUUAAAUGCAGAACAUUUGGUUCCCCAAGACCCAAGGUGGACUGGGAGAUUUUCGACUCUAGUCCUGCUGUGUCCAAUGCUAAAAUGUCUCAGAUGGCCAAUGGAAAUCUUCAGAUCAGUAAUGUGAGUCAGGAGGAGAGUGGCAUUUACACAUGUUCAGUGAGAGACAGUAACGUGACCAUCAGCGCCAUACUUGAAGUCUUCAACAGAACAAAAAUUGUGGCUCCUCCCCAACACAUGCGGGUCAUUCGUGGAAAUGAUGCUGUUUUACAAUGCAAAUAUAGCGUGGAUCACAAGUUAAAACAUCCCACCCUUCAGUGGAAGAAGGAUGGACAUAAGAUUGCGGCAUCUGCUAAUGAAGACAAGUACACUGAAUAUCCAAAUGGCUCUCUAAAGGUGACAGAUGUACAGAUUCAGGAUUCAGGAGAAUACGGUUGUGAGAUCAGUACUGAACUAGAUUCAGAUGACGCCAGCGGCUCCAUCACAGUGCAGGAUAAACCAGGUGCUCCUCUUUCUGUGGAGAUAUCUGAAAAAAGGGAGCGAAGCGUUACUCUAACCUGGACAGCCGGCGAUGAAAACAACAGCCCUGUUUUUGAAUAUAUUAUAGAGAUGAAGGAGGAGCAGUGUACGGAUGCAAGCACAUGGAGGGAAUAUGAGAGAGUUCAUCAAGACAUCAAACACAUUGAGAUUAAUCUGCAGCCGUUCUGCAAGUAUCAUUUCCGGGUCAGAGCUGUGAAUGAGAUCGGAAACAGUGAACCCAGUUCUGAAUCUGAAUCCUACAUCACCCCCGCUGCCAAGCUUCCUCCUCAGAUCCUGACAGCUGAUGGAUUAGUGUACAGGAAUACAACUGGAUCAACCAUCGUACUUGAAUGCAGAACGUUUGGUUCCCCGAGACCCAAGGUGGACUGGAAGAUUUUCGACUCUAGUCCAGCUUUGUCCAAUGCUAAAAUGUCUCAAAUGGCCAAUGGAAAUCUUCAGAUCAGUAAUGUGAGUCAGGAGGACAGUGGCAAUUACACAUGUUCAGUGAGAGACAGUAACAUGGCCAUCAGCGCCAUACUCGAAGUCUUCAAAAGAACAAAAAUUGUGACACCUCCCCAACACCUGCGGGUCGUUCGUGGAAAUGAUGCUGUUUUACAAUGCAAAUAUAGCGUGGACCACCAGUUAAAACAUCUCACCAUUCAGUGGAAGAAGGACGGACAUAAGAUUGCGGCAUCUGUUAAUGACGAAAAGUACACUGAAUAUCCAAAUGGCUCUCUGAAGGUGACAGAUGUACAGAUUCAGGAUUCAGGAGAAUACGGUUGUGAGAUCAGUACUGAACUAGAUUCAGAUGAUGCCAGCGGCUCCAUCACAGUGCAGGAUAAACCAGGCGCUCCUCUUUCUGUGGAGAUAUCUGAAAAGAGGGAGCGAAGCGUUACUCUGACCUGGACAGCUGGCGAUGAAAACAACAGCCCUGUUUUUGAAUAUAUUAUAGAGAUGAAGGAGGAGCAGUGUACAGAUGCAAGCAUAUGGAGGGAAUAUGAGAGAGUUCAUCAAGACAUAAAACAGAUUGAGAUUCAUCUGCAGCCAUUCUGCAAGUAUCAUUUCCGGGUCAGAGCUGUGAAUGAGAUCGGAAAUAGUGAACCCAGUUCUGAAUCUGAAUCCUACAUCACCCCAGCUGCCAAGCUUCCUCCUCAGAUCCUGACAACUGAUGGAUUAGUGUACAGGAAAACAACUGGAUCAACCGUCGUACUUAAAUGCAGAACGUUUGGUUCCCCGAGACCCAAGGUGGACUGGAAGAUUUUCGACUCUAGUCCAGCUGUGUCCAAUGCUAAAAUGUCUCAAAUGGCCAAUGGAAAUCUUCAGGUCAGUAAUGUGAGUCAGGAGGAGAGUGGCAUUUACACAUGUUCAGUGAGAGACAGUAACGUGACCAUCAGCACCAUACUUGAAGUCUACAACAGAACAAAAAUCGUGGCUCCUCCCCAACACCUGCGGGUCAUUCGUGGAAAUGAUGCUGUUUUACAAUGCAAAUUUAGCGUGGACCACCGGUUUAAACAUCCCACCCUUCAGUGGAAGAAGGACGGACAUAAGAUUGCGGCAUCUGCUAAUGAAGACAAGUACACUGAAUAUUCAAAUGGCUCUCUGAAGGUGACAGAUGUACAGAUUCAGGAUUCAGGAGAAUACGGUUGUGAGAUCAGUACUGAACUAGAUUCAGAUGACGCCAGCGGCUCCAUCACAAUGCAGGAUAAACCAGGUGCUCCUCUUUCUGUGGAGAUAUCAGAAAAGAGGGAGCGAAGCGUUACUCUGACCUGGACAGCUGGCGAUGAAAACAACAGCCCUGUUUUUGAGUAUAUUAUAGAGAUGAAGGAGGAGCAGUGUACAGAUGCAAGCACAUGGAGGGAAUAUGAGAGAGUUCAUCAAGACAUCAAACACAUUGAGAUUCAUCUGCAGCCGUUCUGCAAGUAUCAUUUCCGGGUCAGAGCUGUGAAUGAGAUUGGAAACAGUGAACCCAGUUCUGAAUCUGAAUCCUACAUCACCCCUGCUGCCAAGCUUCCUCCUCAGAUCCUGACAGCUGAUGGAUUAGUGUACAGGAAAACAACCGGAUCAACCGUCAUACUUAAAUGCAGAACGUCUGGUUCCCCGAGACCCAAGGUGGACUGGGAAAUUUUUGACUCUAGUCCAGCUGUGUCCAAUGCUAAAAUGUCUCAAAUGGCCAAUGGAAAUCUUCAGGUCAGUAAUGUGAGUCAGAAGGAGAGUGGCAUUUACACGUGUUCAGUGAGAGACAGAAACGUGACCAUUAGCGCCAUACUUGAAGUCUUCAACAGAACAAAAAUUGUGACACCUCCCCAACACCUGCGUGUCGUUCGUGGAAAUGAUGCUAUUUUACAAUGCAAAUAUAGCGUGGACCACCAGUUAAAACAUCUCACCAUUCAGUGGAUGAAGGACGGACAUAAGAUUGCGGCAUCUGUUAAUGACGAAAAGUACACUGAAUUUCCAAAUGGCUCUCUGAAGGUGACAGAUGUACAGAUUCAGGAUUCAGGAGAAUACGGUUGUGAGAUCAGUACUGAACUAGAUUCAGAUGACGCCAGCGGCUCCAUCACAGUGCAGGAUAAACCAGGUGCUCCUCUUUCUGUGGAGAUAUCUGAAAAAAGGGAGCGAAGCAUUACUCUGACCUGGACGGCUGGCGAUGAAAACAACAGCCCUGUUUUUGAAUAUAUUAUAGAGAUGAAGGAGGAGCAGUGUACGGAUGCAAGCACAUGGAGGGAAUAUGAGAGAGUUCAUCAAGACAUCAAACACAUUGAGAUUCAUCUGCAGCCAUUCUGCAAGUAUCAUUUCCGGGUCAGAGCUGUGAAUGAGAUUGGAAACAGUGAACCCAGUUGUGAAUCUGAAUCCUACAUCACCCCUGCUGCCAAACCCGACAUGAACCCAGAGAACGUGACAAGUGUGUCUACAGAUCCCAACAGCAUGAUCAUCACAUGGAAGGAAUUGGAGCGGCGAGAGUUCAAUGGGCCUGGAUUUAAGUACAAGGUCCACUGGCGUCAAGCUUCAGGCAGAGAUCUGCACUGGAAGAAAAGCAUCAUCUCAGGCCCUCCCUUCAUAGUUAAUGACACGGGCACCUUCAUUCCCUUUGAGAUUAAAGUUCUGGCGGUCAAUGACGAAGGCACAGGCCCGGAGCCGGUGGCAAAGCAUGGAUACUCAGGAGAAGACAUACCUCUUGAAGCUCCGUCUGGGGUAACGGUCGAGGAACUGCCAUCAAACAAAACCAUCAUCAGAGUAAGAUGGAGUCCGGUCACUAGAGAAUCAGUGCGAGGACACUUACUGGGCUACAAGAUCCAUCUAAGAAGAAAUGGUCCCAGAACUCACUUUCACAGAGAGCAGGAGAGAGAUGAGGAGAGGAGGGUGCUGGAGGUUUAUGGAAAUAAGGAUGAGGAGGUUGUGAGCGGCCUGCAGUUUUACUCAAACUAUACUCUGACCGUGACGGCAUUCAACGGCAAAGGCGAGGGACCGCAUUCGGAUCCGCAUCACUUCAGCACACCAGAGGGAGCUCCUGGACCACUUACUGACUUAUACUUUGAGAGUCUGUCUGGGACACAGAUCACCCUACGCUGGCAAACUCCACACAAACCCAACGGUGUCAUCACAGGUUACGUGUUAAAGUACCAAGAGAUUCUGGAUGGAAAUUCAAGUCCAAGGCAAGUGGAAUAUAUCGAUCUGCCGGCCGUUACCAAGUUUACGGUGGAUAACCUCAAUCCGCAGAGUCGUUACCUAUUUAACCUGAGAGCUCGCAACAGUGCUGGCGUCGGUGAGCCGAUAAUAAGAGAGGGUGCCACCAUGCUUUAUGGAGAACCUUCAUCUGUAAUAAACAUGACUGUGGGUGAGACGCCAGUCAACCUCAGCUGGGGGCCCGAAGACAAACAUCAAAACUUCGCCUUCAGCUUUGGUUACCUGAAAAAAGAAUAUAUUAUAGAGAUGAAGGAGGAGCAGUGUACAGAUGCAAGCACAUGGAGGAAAUAUGAGAGAGUUCAUCAAGAUAUUAAACACAUUAAAAUUCAUCUGCAGCCGUUCUGCAAGUAUCAUUUCCGGGUCAGAGCUGUGAAUGAAAUGAGAAACAGUGAACCCAGUUCUGAAUCUGAAUCCUACAUCACCCCUGCUGCCAAGCUUCCUCCUCAGAUCCUGACAGCUGAUUGGUUAGUGUACAGGAAACCAACCGGAUCAACUGUCGUACUUGAAUGCAGAACGUUUGGUUCCCCAAGACCCAAGGUGGACUGGGAGAUUUUCGACUCUAGUCCUGCUGUGUCCAAUGCUAAAAUGUCUCAGAUGGCCAAUGGAAAUCUUCAGAUCAGUAAUGUGAGUCAGAAGGAGAGUGGCAUUUACACAUGUUCAGUGAGAGACAGUAACGUGACCAUCAGCGCCGUACUCAAAGUCUUCAACAGAUCAAAAAUCGUGGCUCCUCCCCAACACCUAUGGGUCAUUCGUGGAAAUGAUGCUGUUUUACAAUGCAAAUAUAGCGUGGACCACCAGUUAAAACAUCUCACUCUUCAGUGGAAGAAGGACGGACAUAAGAUUGCGGCAUCUGCUAAUGACGACAAGUACACUGAAUAUUCAAAUGGCUCUCUGAAGGUGACAGAUGUACAGAUUCAGGAUUCAGGAGAAUACGGUUGUGAGAUCAGUACUGAACUAGAUUCAGAUGACGCCAGCGGCUCCAUCACAGUGCAGGAUAAACCAGGUGCUCCUCUUUCUGUGGAGAUGUCUGAAAAGAGGGAGCGAAGCGUUACUCUGACCUGGACGGCUGGCGAUGAAAACAACAGCCCUGUUUUUGAAUAUAUUAUAGAGAUGAAGGAGGAGCAGUGUACGGAUGUAAGCACAUGGAGGGAAUAUGAGAGAGUUCAUCAAGACAUCAAACACAUUGAGAUUAAUCUGCAGCCAUUCUGCAAGUAUCAUUUCCGGGUCAGAGCUGUGAAUGAGAUUGGAAACAGUGAACCCAGUUCUGAAUCUGAAUCCUACAUCACCCCUGCUGCCAAACCUGACAUGAACCCAGAGAACGUGACAAGUGUGUCUACAGAUCCCAACAGCAUGAUCAUCACAUGGAAGGAACUGGAGCGGCGAAAGUUCAACGGGCCAGGAUUUAAGUACAUGGUCUACUGGCGUCAAGCUUCAGGCAAUGAUCCAUACUGGAAGGAAAGCAUCGUCUCAGGCCCUCCCUUAAUAGUGAACGACACGGGCACCUUCAUUCCCUUUGAGAUUAAAGUUCUGGCAGUCAAUGACGAAGGCACAGGCCCGGAUCUGGUGAUAAAGCUUGGACACUCAGGAGAAGACAUAGCUUUUGAAGCUCCGUCCGGGGUAACGAUUGAGGAACUGCCAUCAAACAAAACCAUCAUCAGAGUAAGAUGGAGUCCGGUCAGUAGAGAAUCAGUGCGAGGACACUUACUGGGCUACAAGAUCCAUCUAAGAAGAAAGGGUCCCAGAACUCACUUUCACAGAGGGCAGGAGAGAGAUGAGGAGAGGAGGGUGCUGGAGGUUUAUGGAAAUAAGGAUGAGGAGGUUGUGAGCGGCCUGCAGUUUUACUCAAACUAUACUCUGACCGUGACAGCAUUCAACGGCAAAGGCGAGGGACCACAUUCAGAUCCGCAUCACUUCAGCACACCAGAGGGAGCUCCUGGACCACUUACUGAUUUAUACUUUGAGAGUCUGUCUGGGUCACAGAUCACCCUACGCUGGCAAACUCCACACAAACCCAACGGUGUCAUCACAGGUUACCUGUUACAGUACCAAGAGAUUGUGGAUGAAAAUUGGCAGGUGGAAUCGAUUGAUCUGCCGGUCAUUACGGAGUUUACGGUGGAUAAUCUCGAUCCGCAGAGUCGUUACCUAUUUAACCUGAGAGCUCGCAACAGUGCUGGCGUUGGUGAGCCGAUAAUAAGAGAGGGCGCCACCAUGCUGGAUGGAGAACCUCCAUCUGUAAUAAACAUGACUGUGGGUGAGACGUCAGUCAACCUAAGCUGGGUGCCCGGAGACAGACAUCGAAACUUUGCCUUCAGCUUCCGUUAUAUGAAAAAAGUGAGUGGUGGUGAUUGGGAAGAGUCUGAACCGGUGAACUCCACACAGGCGUUUUAUCAGCUGCAGGGUCUGGAGCCGGGCACACACUAUCAUCUCCAGAUCCAAUCUGGAAACACUUCACACGACUGGGACUUUCAGACCAAAGGACUAGGAACAGACCUGACUGAAUUAUUAAAACCAAAGGGGCUACAAGCUCCUGGACCACUUACUGACUUAUACUUUGAAAGUCUGUCUGAGACACAGAUCACCCUACGCUGGCAAACUCCACACAAACCCAACGGUGUCAUCACAGGUUACCUGUUACAGUACCAAGAGAUUCUGGAUGGAAAUUCAAGUCCAAGGCAGGUUGAAUCCAUCGAUCUUCCGGCCGUUACGGAGUUUACAAUGGAUAAUCUCGAUCCGCAGAGUCGUUACCUAUUUAACCUGAGAGCUCGCAACAGUGCUGGCGUCGGUGAGCCGAUAAUAAGAGAGGGCGCCACCAUGCUGGAUGGAGUGAGUGGUGGUGAUUGGGAAGAGUCUGAGUCGGUGAACUCCACACAAGCGUUUUAUCAGCUGCAGGGUCUGGAGCCGGGCACACGCUAUCACAUCCAGAUCCAAUCUGCAAACACUUCACACGACUGGGACUUUCAGACCAAAGGACCAGAGCUGGAGGAACCGGCCAGUGGUUUCGCAACUCAGGGCUGGUUCAUUGGGCUCAUCUCGGCUGUGGUUCUCAUUCUUCUGGUUCUGCUCAUUUUGUGUUUCAUUAAGAGACGCGAAGGAGGAAAACAUUCAGUAAAAGAUAAAGAGGAAGGCCAAGCUGAGUAUGGAGCUCGCCCCAUGAAUGUGUUUGGUGAAUACAGUGAUAAUGAGGAGAAGCGCUCCAUCAGCCAGCCGUCUGUCUGUGAGAGCAAACGCAGCAGUAACGACAGUCUAGCUGACUACGGCGACAGUGUCGACAUCCAAUUCAACAAGGACAGCUCCUUCUUCGGCAAGUACAGCGGACGUAGAGACGCACAGGGCCAUGGCAGCCACGAGGGCUCGGGUGCCACAUUUCCAAUGAACCCUUACAUGCCGCCGCCCAGCAUAAGUUUUCCCAACUCUUUCUCGGGCAUCCUGGGACUGAAUUAGCCCUGCUAUCACACGCACGCACACACAUACACACAAAUCCACCAUAGACUGAUAUGAGGACCAUACAAUGCUGCACGAUGCUACUCUGAUGGUAUUAGACAGGUUAUUGAUUCCAGGACCCACAAUCGUUGUCACACACACACACACACACCCCACACACAACAACCAUCACACAAACACAUCGAGCAUCUGCCAUACAGCAUCUGUAGAAUGAGGCUGCAGAUAUGGACAGGUAAAGGGUUGAUACAACAGAUCUGGGCCUUGUUCACACCGCAUGCAAUUCCAAUCUGUAUUCGCACUGUUAUUGCAAGUGAUGUAACUGGAUCAGUCUAAUAUAUAUAUAACAUGAUUGUGAUUUGCUAACAUAUUCAAAUUAAAUUCCCCUUUGGUGACUAACAGCAUGAAAUGUGUCAGUAAAGCUACGGCUGAUGUUAUCUCGUGUUAGCACUGCGGCUGAAUGGCCCUCAUGUUUUCCUGCGCUCUAUCCUUAAUUUCUAUUGUCCACCUAUUGUCCGAUUCACGUUUUUACAUUUCCUUUGGUGUGUAAGUGUGUAUUAGUAUGUUAACGAUAUGAAAUAGGUAACCAUAAACCACGUGAAGACAUUGUAUUAUACCAAAUAUACAAAAUAACAUUGUUUUUAGCAAUGAAAUAGGUGCACUUUAAGCUUGCAGAUAAUAGCGUUCAGUGAAAAAUUAUGCAAAUUUCUACCUAACGGCCCAUAAUAGUGAAUAUAAUCAAAUUCGUGUUUGUCUGGCGUCUUCUUUCUUGUGUGAGCUUUGUUUGUUGGCUCUCUGUUGGUCUCUAGCAUCAGAGUUUCCCCCGUUCAUAUGUAAAGCGCUUUGAGUACUGAGAAAAGCACUAUAUAAAUGUAAGGAAUUAUUAUUAUUAUUAUUAUUAUUAUUAUUAAUGAAUGAUCUCUAUUAUGACGGCAGUGUAAACUCUGGGUUCAAUAUACGAUUAAAGGACACAUGACCUUAACACAGUUUGUUGUACAAUAACGUCUCAUAUUCUGAAUGUAAGUAACCGUUAGCUUUCAUUAUUUUGUAUUUGUGUAGUUUUUACAUUUAAUAUCUUUAUUACUCUAAUAUCCAUACCCUAUCCAUGCUCAUCAAUUCUAGUUAUAGUACACUAGACAUAGAGUAUUUUAGUGCAUUUCUUUUCUUAUUUUUUAUCUGGCUCGACCACUAGAUUAGAAUUCAUUAGAAAACAGGUCACUUGUAAAAUGCAAUUUUUUAUUGAACUUCUGAAUAAAGCGAUUGUAACUAGCAUAUGGAAAAUGCAGUGCUUUUUAAGAAACGUCUUAUGAAAUGACAUCAGCAAUGAAGUUAUCCCAAGCUAACACGUCCAUCAGUAAUCCAUGUUACCUUUCUUACUUUAUUGAAUGUUUUGCAGGUUUUAAUCAGCUGCUGGGAUGAAGUGUUAACUGCAUUUUGACUUAUUAAUACCAUAUUGACUCAUAUAAAGGGAAGUCACGU